AUGGAGAUAUGUAUACAAGGAGAGGAAGUACCCAAGCUGUUACAAGAGGAUGAAGUGACUUUUGAUGAUGUGCAUGUGAAAUUCACUGAGGAAGAGUGGAAUUUGCUGGAUCCUUCCCAGAAGAGUCUCUACAAAAAUGUGAUGUUGGAAACCUACCUGAACCUCAAAGCUAUUGGCUAUAAUUGCGAAGAGCAUCAUCUUGAAGAACAUUUUCAAAAUAAUAGAAGUCAUGAAAGAUCAAGUCAUCUCCAAUGUCAUAAAACAACACAUACUGGAGAGAAACCUCAUGAAUGUAAUCAAUGUGGUAAAGCCUUUGCACAGCACAGUCAUCUCCAAUCUCAUAAAAGAACACAUACUGGAGAGAAACCUUAUGAAUGUAAUCAAUGUGGUAAAGCCUUUGCACAGCACAGUACUCUCCAAAGACAUAAAAGAACACAUACUGGAGAGAAACCUUAUGAAUGUAAUCAAUGUGGUAAAGCCUUUGCCUAUCACAAUGAUCUCCAAUAUCAUAAAAGAACACAUACUGGAGAGAAACCAUAUGAAUGUAAUCAAUGUGGUAAAGCCUUUGCAAGACCCAGUAAUCUCCAAACACAUAAAAGAACACAUACAGGAGAGAAACCUUAUGAAUGUAAUCAAUGUGGUAAAGCCUUUACAAGACAUAGUUAUCUCCAGUAUCAUAAAAGAACACACACC